AUGUCGUCCCCAGUAGCAGAACUAGAAGCUGGCCUCCAGGCCAUGCUAUUAUUGAAGCCACCAGGAGUUUCCGGAUCCAGAAUUCAAGCUCUCACCACCCUCUGCACAGCAAAUGUCCAGUCCGAAUCGGUCCUCGUCCAAAAACUAUACACCCAUUUCAUGAGAGCCCCGGCAUCCCACAAGCUUGGUGUUCUCUACGUCGUAGACAGUGUGACUCGAAAAUGGACAGAACAAGCCAAAAAUGCUGGACAGACCAUAAACGUUUCUGCUGAAGAUGGCACCUUUGCUGCUGGCGUUAAUAGAGUAAAGGAAUUAUUGCCGAACUUGAUGAAUAACAUUAUUGCAUCUUCUCCAGACAAAGAUCAAAAGGACAGAAUUAGAAAGUUGCUUGAUAUCUGGGAGAAAGCGCAGACAUUCCCUCUCGCAAUGCUCAACGACUUCAAGGAGAAAUUGACUGCAUCCAUGCAAAACGAAUCAACUACACCACCAGGAAGCCCGCCUGCAGAUCUCCAGCAAGCCUUCGGCAGUACAAUGCAUCCGGGUGCACCCGCAGCUCCGGCUGCAGCCACAGCUACUUCGGCCCCCUCAAUCCUACAGGCACUUGCCAGCCUUGCCCGUCAAAACGCCUCUACCUCUGCAGAUAAUUCGUACAGUGCAUCCAAUGCACACCAUAAUGGGGCUCCGGCCUUGAACCAGGCAGUACCUUUCCCACACGUUCCUCAGCCUGUAAAUGUGCCAGCAGCCACAGCCACCUUUGCAUCGCAGCCGCCAUAUCAAGGAGCGGGUAAUGGUGCUUAUGCUCAGAACUUUGCCAGUAAUCAAACAAACCCAAAUCCAUUUGCGGCUGUCCCACCAGUAGUCCAGCCAGGUGCCCUCGACCCAGCUCUGCAGCAGCAGAUCCUAUUAGUGAAAGCACUUGCAGAGCAGGGCCUCACAACAGAGCAAAUCCAGGCCAUCUUGGCCGUUGGUGCAGGAGGUUUACCCCAGCCCUUUACCGCCCAGCAGCAGUCUCAAAAUCAGAAUCAAAAUGUACAGAACGGUUGGGCUCCCAAUGGUGCUGCUGCUUCCAGACCAGAUGAUUCACGUGACUAUAAUGGCUAUCAUGACCGCGAGGCUGUAAGAUCGCCCCCAAAUCGCUACCGUCAACGUUCUCGGUCCCGAUCCCCACCGCGUGCUGCUUGGGAUUCCCCAGCAUCCCGUCGUCGCGACGAGUCAAAUUCCUAUGACUUUGAUAGAAAUUCCCCAGCACGAAAUCGUGGUGAUGAACGUGGACGAGGAGGUCGUGGAGGAGGUGCUCGGGGUAAUGACUAUCGCCAACGUAGUCCUGCCCGUCGUGGACGCAGCCCAAGUCCACCAAGAUCUAGAGGCGCUGGACAGAAGUGGAUAGAUCACGAUUCUUCCAUCCCUAAAGGAAGCAUCAAAGUCCUCAGCCGAACCCUAUUUGUCGGUGGUGUCACAACCUCUGACCAAGAAUUGAGGAACGUCUUUGAAAAUUAUGGCCGAGUCCAAACAUGCAUUGUCAACAAGGAGAAGCGCCAUGCUUUCGUGAAGAUGAUCAGCCGGGCAGACGCCGUCCGUGCAAAGGAGGCCAUGGAGAAGAAUAGGACCCCGGAUUCUCAAUUGAGAACAAGAUGGGGUGUUGGAUUUGGACCUCGCGACUGCAGCGACUACCAAACCGGAGUCAGCGUCAUUCCUAUCAGCAAGCUCACGGACGCUGAUCGGAAGUGGAUGCUGAGUGCAGAAUAUGGUGGCAGUGGUGGAAUGCCCAUCGAGUCCGGAAUGGUUGUCGAAGAACCUGAUAUCGAAAUUGGUCAAGGUGUCUCUUCCAAGGCUAUUAGUCGUCGAAUGCAAACCGAUAAGGGUGGCAACAAUGGCCCGAAGUCAAGUCGGGAUCGUGAAGAGGAAGAAAACGCUCCACGCUUCCGCCGGGAUAACAGAGACCAUCGACGAGAUGAUGACCACCGAGGGAACCGUAGGGAUCGAGACCAAGCUGUCAGCGCCCCACCAAGUAUGCCUGCGGUCCCACCAUUCUCGAUGGCCGGACUCCCGUUUCCAUUCCCAACUCAGCCCAACGGCAUGCCAAUGUUCCCUCCUGGUUUCGUAUUUCCAGGCCAAGCAGCUGCGCAGCCACAACAACCACCACCCCCAGGCCACCGCACUUGA